CCGUGGUGGGCCUCGGGCGGCCAUGGGCUCCCGGUCCCGCUCCCCGUCCCCCUCCCGGGAACGGCGUCGGAGGAGAAAACGUUCCGGAUCCGAGGAGAGAACGAGUCGGAGGAGGAGAAGGGAGCGGGAGGGCAGCUCUGAGGAAGAGAGCCAAAGAUGUCAGAAAAGGAAAGAAAAAAGUGGGGAACGUCACCACAAGAAGCACAAGAAAUGUUCCCAGGACCGCUUUCCCUCUUCAGAUUCUUCCCCAGAAAAACGAGGCCACAACAGCGCAUGGAGGAGGAAGAGAAGCCGGAAGCGUUCUGAGUCCAAGUCAUCUGUUUCCUUGGAGAUGUCGUCCUCGCCCUCCCAGUCACAGAGCUCCAGGGAGGACCUGGACGGGCAGCUCAGCCUCCAGGAGCGCCUGAGGCAGAAGGAAGAGAAGAAACAGCAGCGGGAGCUGAUGAAGGCGCUCGAGACACCUGAAGAGAAACGGGCCCGCCGCCUGGCCAAGAAGGAGGCCAAGGAACGGAAGAAGCGGGAGAAGAUGGGGUGGGGGGAAGAGUAUAUGGGUUACACCAACACUGACAAUCCCUUUGGAGACAACAACCUGCUGGGCGCUUUCAUUUGGAGCAAGGCUCUUGAAAAGAAGGGCAUUGGCCACCUGGAAGAAAAGGAGUUGAAGGACCGGAACAAGCGGAUCCAGGAGGAAAACCGCCUGGAGCUGCAGAAGGUGAAGCAGCUGCGCCUGGAGCGGGAGCGGGAGAAGGCCAUGCGGGAGCAAGAGCUGGAAAUGCUGCAGCGGGAGAAGGAGGCAGAGCACUUCAAGACGUGGGAGGAGCAAGAGGACAACUUCCACCUUCAACAAGCCAAGCUGCGCUCCAAAAUCCGGAUCCGAGACGGACGAGCAAAGCCCAUCGACCUGCUAGCUAAGUACAUCAGCGCCGAGGAUGAUGACCUGGCCGUGGAGAUGCACGAGCCGUACACUUUCCUGAACGGACUCACCGUCUCAGACAUGGAGGAUUUGCUGGAGGACAUCCAGGUUUACAUGGAGCUAGAGCAAGGGAAAAAUGUGGAUUUCUGGAGAGAUAUGACCAUCAUCACCGAAGAUGAAAUAGCCAAGCUCCGGAAGUUGGAGGCUGCUGGGAAAGGACCGGGUGAGCGCCGAGAGGGGGUGAACGCUUCUGUCAGCUCUGACGUGCAGUCAGUCUUCAAGGGGAAGACAUACAGCCAGCUGCAAGUCAUCUACCAGGGGAUCGAGGGCAAGAUCCACGCCGGGGGCCCCAACCUCGACAUCGGCUACUGGGAGAGCCUGCUGCAGCAGCUGAAGGCCUACAUGGCCCGGGCCAGGCUGAGGGAGCGGCACCAGGACGUCCUGCGCCAGAAGCUGUACAAACUGAAGCAGGAGCAAGGCGUGGAGACGGAGCCCCUGUUCCCCAUCAUCAAGAAGGAGCCGCUGUCCCCCGGCGCUGGCAGCAGUCAGAGGCUGGAGCUAGAGGAGAGCACCCCAGUGCAGCCGGGUCCCCCUUCCGCCGAGUCCGCGGCUGAGCCGGAGCCUGAGGCCAAAGCCGAGGGAGAUGGGGAGGCCGUGCUGAUGGAGGAGGACCUCAUCCAGCAAAGCCUGGAUGAUUACGACGCCGGCAAGUACAGCCCCCGGCUGCUGACCUCCCACGACCUGCCCUUCGACGCCCACGUGGUGGAAGCCGACGAGGACCUCCAGCGCCUGCAGCUCUCCCGGCAGCAGCUCCAGGUCACAGGUGAUGCCAGCGAGAGCGCCGAGGACAUUUUCUUCCGCCGCGCCAAGGAGGGCAUGGGGGCAGACGAGGCGCAGUUCAGCGUGGAGAUGCCCCUGACCGGCAAGGCCUACCUCUGGGCCGACAAGUACCGCCCUCGCAAGCCGCGCUUCUUCAACCGGGUCCACACGGGCUUCGAGUGGAACAAAUACAACCAGACCCACUACGACUUCGACAAUCCCCCGCCCAAGAUCGUGCAGGGCUACAAGUUCAACAUCUUCUACCCAGAUCUGAUCGACAAGCGCUCCACACCCGAGUACUUCUUGGAGGCCUGUCCGGACAACAAGGACUUCGCCACCCUGCGCUUCCACGCCGGCCCACCGUACGAGGACAUCGCCUUCAAGAUCGUCAACCGCGAAUGGGAGUAUUCCCACCGCCACGGAUUCCGCUGCCAGUUCGCCAACGGCAUCUUCCAACUCUGGUUCCACUUCAAGCGCUACCGCUACCGGCGGUGAUGUGGAGAGGGCAGGAUUCGCUAGGCGCCGGCACUGGUAGGGAGGAGAUCGCGGAUCGGUGCCAGCAGCCUUGGACCAAACUAAGAGGGCAGCUGCGCAGAGAGGACUGCCUUUCUCACACCCGGCAUCUGGAUUCCUCAG